CUUUCUAACCUCACCACCAGGUACAUCACAAACUCUCUCUCUCUCUCCUUAUCCUCUCUCUCUCUCUCUCUCUCUCUCUCUUGAAGCUACAACAAUGGCGUCUCAGAUCUAACAGCGAGUGACCCUUCGUUCGCUAUGCAGAGAGUAGCGUUCUCCUUACCGGAGGAGGUACUCGAGCACGUGUUCUCGUUCAUCGAUAACGACAAGGACAGGAGCUCGAUCUCGCUGGUGUGCAGGUCAUGGUACGAGAUCGAGCGAUGUUGCCGGAGAAACGUCUUCGUCGGAAACUGCUACGCCGUCAGCCCGGAGAUGGUGGUGAAGCGGUUCCCGAGGGUGAGAUCCGUCACGCUCAAAGGGAAGCCACACUUCGCUGACUUCAAUCUGGUUCCUGACGGUUGGGGCGGUUACGUCUCGCCAUGGAUCAAGGCCAUGGCUGCUGCUUGUCCCUCGCUGCUUGAGAUCAGGCUCAAGAGGAUGGUUGUUACCGAUGAUUGCUUGGACCUUAUUGCCAAGUCGUUCAAAAACUUCAGGGUGUUGGUCCUGAUCUCUUGUGAGGGUUUCACUACUCAUGGACUCGCUGCCAUUGCUGCCAAUUGCAGGAAUUUGAGGGAGCUGGAUUUGCGGGAGAGUGAAGUGGAGGACAUUUGUGGGCACUGGCUAAGCCAUUUUCCAGAUUCCUACAAUUCGUUGGAAUCGCUGAACAUCUCUUGCUUAAGCAAUGAGGUGAAUUUGCCGGCGCUAGAGCGCUUGGUUAGUAGGUGCCCCAACCUGCAAACGCUCCGCCUUAAUCGUGCUGUGCCCUUGGAUAGGCUUACCAAUCUGCUUCGCGGGGCUCCUCAGCUGGUUGAGUUGGGGACUGGAGCUUACACAGCUGAGAUGCGGCCGGAGGUCCUCGCGAACCUGACAGAAGCGUUUUCUGGAUGUAAGCAAUUGAAGGGCUUGUCUGGCUUUUGGGAUGUGCUCCCAUCCUACCUUCCAGCUGUUUAUCCUGUCUGCUCUGGGCUGACAUCACUGAACUUGAGUUAUGCUACCAUCCAAAGCCCUGAUCUUAUCAAACUUGUUAGUCAAUGUGGGAGUUUGCAGCGUUUAUGGGUGUUGGAUUACAUAGAAGAUGCUGGCCUUGAUGUGCUUGCUGCAUCAUGUAAGGAUCUGAGGGAGUUGAGGGUGUUUCCUUCGGAUCCAUUUGGGUUAGAGCCAAAUGUAGCAUUGACCGAGGAAGGUCUUAUUUCUGUGUCUGAAGGCUGCCCCAAGCUACAGUCAGUUCUAUAUUUUUGUCGUCAAAUGUCCAAUGCUGCCCUAAAUACAAUUGCUCAGAACAGGCCUAAUAUGACUCGUUUUCGACUAUGUAUUAUUGAGCCUCGAACCCCUGAUUAUCUUACCCACCAACCUUUGGAUGCUGGUUUUGGAGCUAUUGUUCAGCAUUGCAAGAAUCUACAGCGCCUUUCCCUCUCUGGGCUUCUUACUGACCGUGUCUUCGAGUAUAUUGGUACUUAUGCGAAGAAGCUUGAGAUGCUUUCUGUAGCUUUUGCUGGAGACAGUGAUUUGGGACUCCAUCAUGUGCUGUCUGGGUGUGACAACCUCAGGAAGCUGGAGAUCAGGGACUGCCCAUUUGGUGAUAAGGCCCUAUUGGCCAACGCUGCAAAGCUGGAGACAAUGCGAUCCCUUUGGAUGUCCUCGUGCCUAGUGAGUUAUGGUGCAUGUAAGCUGCUGGGACAAAAAAUGCCGAGACUUAAUGUUGAAGUCAUUGAUGAAAGAGGACCUCCAGAUACAAGGCCAGAGAGUAGUCCUGUUGAGAAGCUAUAUAUAUACAGAACCAUUUCUGGGCCAAGAGUGGACAUGCCUGGCUACGUGUGGACUAUGGAAGAUGAUUCUGCAUACCUUAAAUGAUUGUGCUACUCAAUAAUGAGCAUUCGGUGUGGGACUCGUCGACUGCAGGUACAUGCUCAAUGUUCUACACAAUAGUGAAUUAAAACUAUUGAACUGGCCUAUGUUGUAGCUGUUGCGGUUGGUGUUUGAGCUAGGUACAGGAGGAGGGAGGGGUAUACAGAAAGGCUUGAGCUCGAUUGCCAUUAAUUUUACACUUUGGCUGAGCUACUAGAUAACCAAUUCUGAUCAAUAAAACUGGAACUUUGUUAUUGUUGUAUCUUGUAUGAGAUAGAGUUGUUGUAUUAUUUUUCAGACUACUAUCAUAUUUUAAGGACUUCUGCAUAACUUAUUUAUGCAUGUUGCCUUAGUCUUGUAGUAAGUUAUUGGUGGACUUAUUGUCAUUUUUAAACUUUCGGGAGGAAUAAAUUUCAUAUUCACAUUUUAUUUCAA